GUACCAAAACCGGAACAAGAACGUGAUAUUCGAAACAAGAUUAAUUUAUGUGAGAAAGUAGAGAUUCUAGCCGCGUGAAGUGAUAACGCAUGCGAUCAUCGUGCGAUCGAAUCCAUUGCAGCACGCCGUGAGAGUAGCAACGAUUCCAAUCAUAGUGUGGUUACUAAUUUAGACGAGAGGAAGAGACUGAGUGAAACUCCGUUUCUCUGAGCGAACAGUAUCCCCAAGCUUACUCCAAACGACGGUCCACCGUUUGCUCCAUUCAAUUCUCGUCCGUUGCGAGUUGUAGUUGUGUCAAGUGCCCGAGUCGCUGUCUAUCGUUGAAGUGAUCUAGAACAAUUCAGUGUUUUUUUUUCUGGUUCCAUUGUUCGUAAUAAGAAGUAAGAUGUCCUCGAAAGCACACUCGAACGGAGAGGCCCCUGGGGUCACCGAGCAUCAGGCCAGCCUAUUACCACAUCUGGAGUCGCUGGACCGCAUGCUCAAGCUACCGGUAGUGGACGCAACCUGGCAGCAAACCCAAAGCGUGUACGGUAGAGUGAAGGAUUCAAACAAUCUCCUGAACUGGGCCUUCGGAACCGCUGAGGAUGUAGUGCACCGGGCCGUCUCCAUCUCCGCCCCACUGGUGCAGAAGCUCGAUCGUCCUCUGCAGCUUGUCGAUCAGACGCUGGUCAAGGGCAUCGACAAGCUGGAAGAGAAUGCCCCAAUCAUCAAGGAGCAACCGCAGGAGAUUUACAACCAAGCCAAGACAAGGGUGCUUGAGACGGUGAAACCCUACACGGAGAAGGUGUGCGAGUUGCGAUCGGCAUCUCACCAGAAGGCUUCUUCACUGAAGGAUCUGUCCUGGAAGAAGGCUAACGAAGUGCUGGCAACUCAGUACGGAAGCAUCGCCGUUACCGGGGUGGACACGACUGCUCAGUUGGCGGAGCGGCUGCUUGAUUACUUCUUCCCAAAAAGUGCCACCGAUGUGGAGGAGAAUGAAGCGCCCAUCUCCGCUAGCGACGAUCCGGUACUGCACACCGUCCAGACCGUUGGACGUCUCUCGAACAAGGUUGCUCGCCGCGUCUACCGUACCGUUUCGCACCAGGUCAAAUCGCUGCGGAAGGAGGACGUGAAGGACUACAUCGCAACCCUGAUCGCUGUACUCCGCCUCACCCAGUACUUGAACUUCCUCAACGAUAAAGUCCCCCAGACGGACAAAGCCCUUACCGAACAGGCAGAGUCUUCCAGCGGCAGCAACGAAGGCCAGAAACAGAACGGUCUAUCCCCCGUGGGGGAUAAGCAGCCAAAACAGUCUACCCCGGCCGAUUCCAACUCAUCCGCGACAACCGUUUCCGAUGUGGUAGCAACCACCAACAGCGCCAAAACGCUCAAGGAGGAACAGCGCCGGUCAGACACGGACCCGAAGCCAUCCAGCGAUGGAUGUUAGGGUUAGGCUGAACUGAUUAAGCAAUAGUUUUUUAGUGUAGUAAUGAUUUAUUCCCAUAGAGUUCGUUAAAUUUGAAGCCAAAUUGCAUGCUGUGUUUUUUCGUAAUGAAAAGUGUAUGUGCGCGGAUUUGAGAGUACGUUUCUUUAAAUUGUAACGGUUCCUGAGCAAGACAGAUUGUCUCAAUCCCGGUCGCUUUUGGCCGGGAUGCUGACGAUCGAAUGGAAUUUGGAGGAGCAUUUUUCCUUUAACGUAUAAGCAAUGUAUUUAGAUAUUUAUUUUUGAGUAAAUGAAAAAUAAACGAUUUCAAAAGUAUCCUGUAUGCAGAUGAAACUUAA